CGCAGCGCCGACACUCAGCCUGAUAAAGAACAUUUGGCCAUGCACACGACAGCCCAGCAGCGAAAAGCGACUUUCCACCAGGAUGGACGCAGUCACGAAGCUGGAGAAGCUGAAUGAGAAUUUCCUGACGUGUUGUAUCUGCAGUGAGGUGUACAAAGACCCCUGCACCCUGUCCUGUGGGCACACCUUCUGUAAAGGCUGUCUGAAGAAAUACCUCCGCAACAUCGACGACCCCCUCCAGGGCUGCAUUCCGUGUCCCUAUUGCCGCCAAGCUACCAGAGUAUCACACCCGGACGGGCCCGUGGAGGAGUGGGUGAAGCCCAUCAAACCCAGCUUCCUCAUACAGGGGCUGCUGGAUAUGUUCGCCCCAGGGGACAGGAAUACACAAGAUGUAAGCGAACACAUGUGUGUGUCCUGCACACUGCUGGGGGAGAAGAGGGACGUGGUGGAGUUCUGCUGCAGAGACUGUAACAAAGCUGUGUGUCUGAGCUGCUGCACCCUUCACCACAGAACGUGUGAGUCUGUCAUGCCCAUACAGACUGUGUUGCCGGAGGUCAAGUCCGUACUGAUGGAAAACAAGGACAGGAUCAGCAAGCAGCUGGAUGACACGAGGUCCACAGUUUUACAUCACCAAUCACGGAUCCUCGAGAUCAGCCAGAAGAAGCUUUCGUUGGAAUUACAGAUCCGGAUUGUCUCACAGAGGGCCACGGACUUAAUUAAACAGAAGGAGACACAGCUGCUGAAUCAGCUCAAUGAAACGAUUGAAAAGCAGAGUGCUGAUCUGAAAGGACAGGUGAAAUCUGGGAAAAUAGACAUCCAGAUGUAUCAACAAUAUGUUGAGUACAUUACUCAGGUUAUGAAGUCGGAGAGUGAGACGGAGAUGCUUGACAUUUACCAGAUGUGUCAGUCAGGGGCAAUCAAGGAGGCAACAGAGAGAAACGUCCAUCUGGAGGAUGAUACAGUAGAAGAAGAUUUUAUAUUCAUAGAUGAGUUCAACGAGAGAGCAUUCCAUACAGAUGUCCGACUGGGAAGACUAGAAAGGCCGCUGUUUGACGUUACGUCUGCUCCUGUGCUAAGUGAGUCAAUUGAUGUCCGACUGGACAGUGACAAAGUCGCGCCUGAUGCAGCUGAUGUUGUUGUUGUGUUUGUAGACGACGUGGAGGCGCUCGUGGUUACAGAUUGGAGCAACAAAUGCCUGAAAUCAUUGUACACGUUGCAGAGUCGGCCACAUCAGAGUAAACUGACGCUCAAAAGUAAUCCAUUUACUGUGACGAAGCUGAGAGAGAAUCAGGUGGCUGUAUCAUUCUGGUCCUACAAUGCGAUAGUCAUUGCACAGGUGACACCCGAUCUCUUACUGAUGUCCACCAUCAAAACAAAGAAGAAGUACAGAUGCCUGACAUCCUUGAGUCCUUCAACAUUAGCAGCAGGUUGCAUGGAUCCAUCUUCUGUUGAUGUGUUGGACAUGGCGGGGGUAGUGCUGAGAACUUUCUCUGGGCACAACACUGGUAAAAACCUGAUCCGGGAACCAUGGUUCUUGAGCACUACGAACAAGGGCAACAUCUUGGUGUCAGACGGUGGGUCGGGCUCUGUGUUUUGUGUCACGCUUGAGGGAGAGGUUGUGUUCACCUACACCCCUACAGGAGGGAGAGAACUGAAACGACCACGAGGUAUCACAACUACCAGCACAGGCCACAUCCUGGUGGCGGACUACUGGACGGAGAGGCUGGUACUGCUGACAAAGACUGGAGAGUUCAUCAAAGACCUCCUUAUGUCCAAGGAUGGAGCUGAAUCUUUGUGUGGGGUUUUCCUUCAUGGAACAAGACUUUUUGUGACGGAAAGUUCCCAAAGAGUGAAAGUAUUUGAAUUCAAAAGGACUCAAUCGGUAUGCCGGUUUCCGAUCCUCACGCUUACAUAACCCAAUUGCCCAAUAUUGAAAAAGAAAACAUUGUAAGUCUCAAACAAAAGCAUUUUAUCAUUCGAUUUGACGCCGUGCCUUAUUGUUUGUUGAAACAUAUCGUGUGUAUUUAGUGUCUUGAUGUGAGGUUACGGAAGUGGUCAUGACUUGUUUUAAAGACAUGCUUUACGCUUCUGUUGAUUAUGAUAACACAUUCUCAGUGUCCAUGUCAAAAUAGAAGAACUUUGGGGGACAAGGUGGGCAAGUCGCUGGAAACAGAUGCGUUGCUUAGCUGAAUCCCAUAUUCGUCAAGGACAUCAUCUUGUGUUCGUUAGCACCAAACCCCUACGCAUUGUAUUUAGUACUCUUUCAUCGAACCAAACAACUAAUGAUGUUCUUGAAUUUUGGCAAGAUAUAUAUGUAUAUUCGUAUAUAACUUAGCAAUAAAUUUGGUGCAAUUAUA